UCCGACGCGAGCGCGCGCGUCCACGCGAUCCGAACUUCCAGUAGCGAAACAGUGGGGGCCCGUUUUGGUUACCUGGGGCCCCGAAACGGCCGGCCACCAUGUCGACGAAACCGUCGCCCAUCGACAAGCUGGUGCGCGUCGGCUACUACAAGCUCGAACGGACGAUCGGCAAGGGCAACUUCGCCGUCGUCAAACUGGCGACACACAUCGUGACCAACACCAAAGUAGCGAUAAAGAUAAUCGACAAAACGGCCCUCGACGAGGACAACCUGACGAAGAUCUUCCGCGAGACGGCCAUACUGAAGAAGCUGCGCCAUCCGCACAUCACCCGCCUGUACGAACUGAUGGAGACCAACAACACGAUCUACAUGGUCACCGAGUACGCGAGCGAGGGAGAGAUAUUCGAUCAUCUCGUGGCGAAGGGACGGAUGCACGAGCCGGAAGCGCGACGGAUAUUCAACCAGAUCGUAUCGGCCGUCAGCUACUGUCACUCGCAGGGGAUUGUUCACAGAGACCUCAAGGCUGAAAACUUACUGCUCGAUCACAACAUGAACAUCAAGCUGGCCGAUUUCGGAUUCAGCAACCAGUUCACGGAGGGCAGCCUGCUGUCGACGUGGUGCGGAUCACCGCCGUACGCCGCCCCCGAACUGUUCCAGGGCCUCAAAUACGACGGACCUAAGGCAGACAUUUGGAGCUUGGGCGUCGUGUUGUACGUGUUGGUCUGCGGGUCCCUGCCGUUCGACGGCCGCCUUCAGUUCAUGGCCCUGCGCAGCGUGGUCAUCGAGGGCAAGUUCAGGAUACCCUACUUCAUGUCGCAGGAUUGUGAACACCUGAUCAGACACAUGUUGGUCGUCGAUCCGGACAAACGUCUGACCAUACAGCAAAUCGCCAAGCACAGGUGGCUGAGCGACGUCCCGCCGGUGGACACCGGUCCCGAGUACGAGAUGCAGUUCAACCGCACCGUCAUGGACCACAUGCUUCAACUGCCCGACCUGGACCACGCCGUCAUUACGUCGUCCAUCCAGAACAACACAUUCGACCACAUCCACGCCAUCUACAAUCUGCUGCUGGACAAGCUGCACCAGCGCACCAUCGAGUUCCAAGUGAGGCGGAACCGCAAAGAGGACACAUUCCAGAAGAACGAGGAUCAGGAGCAGGACGUGCAUCUGACGCGGCCGCCGAGGAUCAACGAGCGCAGCGAGUCGUUCAACGAACAGCAGUUGGCGCACCAUCUGGCGCAGGAGAAUGCGGCGCGGGUUGCGUUCGGAUGUGCAGUUCAGCCACGGGACGAUCAUCAGUACAACUGUCGCAGGGAGAGCUUCAACGAGAGCUGUCUGAGGGGGUACGGGGACGAGGCGCGUGAACGUCGCAGGUCGCAGCAGAACGAGUCGCCGUUCGUCUCCAUGCCCACCAUACCCGCCGUCUAUAUGGCUGAGGAUGGGGAAAAUCAGCCGUUGGAAAAGUUCGGCGACAUGGACACAGACGCUAGUGAAGAAACGGUGUCGUUAACGGUGCCAUCGACGUCCACUUCCACGGGCUACGGCAGUUACAGUUCGGGUGAUAAGUAUCUGACCGUGCGCAGACACACAGUAGGACCAGGUGAUCCUGCGCACGAACAAGUGCUCGAGUCACACUACAUGGUACAAGAAGCAUUGCAUUUGCCUGCUCCACAGACUCCUUACUAUGGUGGCAAGGAUCCUCAAUUAUUGAAGCCGCCAACAGUCUUGAGUGCCGCAGGCGGUUUCGGACGGAGAGCGUCAGAUGGUGGAGCUAAUUUACAUAUGGCCUGGGGGGCACCCGGUUCCCACGAACAACUGUCAAUAAUGUCAACCAGUUCUAGUGGUAAUCCAAGUCUGAGUAGUGCCACCCAACCCUUGGAACACAACCAGCAUGCCCUCGAAGAAGUAGCAAGGUACAUGCAAGGACGGGGCAACACGAAACGUCACACGAUGGCAAAUCCCGAAGACGUGCACAACCUACAGUCACCAACGACCUCGGGAGGUCGCACCAGAAGAACCGGACUGUUGACAGUCAUUGAACGACCACCCGUAAUACCGCCGGAGGUGUUGCGAGAGGUGGAGGCGCGCAUGCGCCGCAACUACAUGCCGCCCAUGCUGCCGCAGCGCAAGCACUCGAGACACGCCGCCAAGCCGCACCUGCCCACCGUACAGGAGCUGCAAGGGCGCGAACAGAAGGAGAGGUUCAGUCCCGUUAGGCGGGGCAGCGAAGGUUCCGCCUCGGGCGCCAGGACUUUGAGUCCGUCGACGCCCCAGCAGGAGUGUCAACGGUUGCAGCGCGGCCUACAGACUAGAAACAGCCCUCCUAGAUCCAUACCAGGUUCUCCAAUCCAUCAAAUGUCCGAUCACCGCCUGUCGGGCAACGAUUGCCCAUCACCCAUCCAAUACUUCGGCCCUAUGUGCGACCCGCUGGGCAGCCGCGACCCCACGCUCGGUCUGCCGCCCGAGGGCUACGCGAACUACGGCGCCAGCUCGCUGCACGGCUCCCCGAUCAAACAGCAACAACCGCAGUCGCCCGCCCUCUACGGCCAGGUGCCGGGCCUGGCCAUGUACUCAGCGGCCAACUCCCCACUGCUGGGCGCCCUGCUCAGCCCCAACUCGUCGCCGGUGUUCGGCGGCUACGCCCAACCGUCGGCGGGCAGCAGCGUCUCCUCCAUCACGCAGGGCAUUAGCGGCCUGAACACGACGGGCGGCGGCUCCAUAACGCAGGGCACGUCGUCGCAAGGCCUGCAGUUGGAUAUACUGAGGGGGGCGUCGUCCACGGAGGACAACUCGGUGCCGCCGCCCUAUUUGCAUCAGCCCCCGCACAUCCACCACAUCCUUAACAUACACGGCCACAGGAGUCUGACCAAUUCUCCGAUUAGCAACCCCGGGAGUCCCGGGUUGGACAUGAUACAGGAGGAGAUACACGUGCAACAGUCGACCGCCAAGCAGGAACAACCCGGCGUUGGUCAUCCACAAAUCUCCGUCACUGACGUUCUAGGCAGUGAGGUAACGCUGGUGGCCGGUUCGGACACGUCCGAGGACUCGAUGGACAGCUUGGAGAACGCCAAGGCGUCCUCCCGCAUACCCUCGUUCAUCAUUUCGGAGCCGUGCGAGAACCAGCCGUCGAUAACGCGCGGCAUAGGCCGCAAGACCAGUCAGGAGAGCUGCUGCGCAGUCGCAGACACGCGGCCACCCGACACCGAAGUCCCGCCCAGCGACGAGUUUUUUCUGAGGCGCAACUCGGACAAGGGUUCGAUCUACUCGGACGACUCGCUGUCGAACGACAGCCUGAGCAUACACAGUAACCAAAGUCCGAGUUCCAGCUCCAACACCCAGUCGAGUCAGGCGUGCGAUUCCGACAUUAGGGGCCGGCCGGUGGAUUUCGGGGCGUUUCAGAUCUUCCAGAAUGUAAAGAUGAAUCUGGACGACGACUCGGGGCAGUUCAGUGUGGACGAUCAGCAACAGGCCGUGCCGUAUUCUGGUCUACACAAGAAUUCAGGUUCGUUCGAGUUUGAACUGAGCGAGGUGUGUUCCAAACUACAUUCGACGGACAUCCUGGCCAUGGUCAGACGCACGAUAAACGACCAGGUGCCCCCGAAAACCUGCUCCUCCUCCGAAGAGAUAUGCGACAGACUGUCGCUGGAGUACGAGGGCGGCAUCCAGAUCGAGCUUAAGGUGGUCGAGAAGCCUAGCGAGUCGAAGGGUUUGAAAAUGCGUCGCAUCUCUGGCGAUCAUCUGGUCUACAACAAGCUGUGUCAGCAGCUGAUCUCCUGCAUGACCGUGUCCUAGCAGCGAUGAAUCUCUACAUUCCACGAUUACUGUUGAUGAGACGACGAUUUUUAUUUUUUAAUUUAGGACUAGUUCAUUUUGACUGAGACUGUUUUAAUUUCGUUGAACUGUUCCGGCGGUGUCUGGCCUAAGCGACCGCGUUGUAUUAAAUUGUAAAUAGGCACAAUUUUGUAUAUAAUGUUGGACUAGUGCAAUAUUCGGUUCCGUUUUGUGUAAAUUGCUGACUUCUUACCCUUUAGAAUUGUAUAUUUUUAUAUAUAUUGUGUAUAUAUUUACUAUGAACAUUCCUAUUAGAGAAAUUUUUAAGACUUCGGAUCAUUUCGAACCUUUUACUUGUUCUAAGCGGUUCGGAUUGGACGCGACUCACUUCUAGCACAAACUAAUGCUAUAACUAGCGUAAGAUUUCCAUUCAAAAUUUUAUUCAAACUGAAAAAACUGCAUUUUUGCUUGGUUUCUAUACAUGAAAAUGUAAUUUUAUGUUCAUUUCUUGGCACCUAUACUAAACAAACAAAAAAGGUUGUAUAUUAUUAGUAUAUUUCUGUCAAUUCAAAUCUGUGAUGUCAAUAAAUAUGACUGCAUAAUUGUA